UAUAUACUUCCACACACUUUCACCUUCUUUACAAUAAAUAUUUCCCAAUUCUCUCACCCAUUAAUCUUUAAUAAUUUUAUUAAUCUUUAAUAAUUUUCUUCUAAAAUUAGCCCAAAACCAGCUCAUAUACCUUACCACCCAAACACCCUCUCCAAAACAGAAAGGAAAAAAAACUGUACACUCUUUAUCAUGGCCUAGUCGAUAUCCCUACAUCAUACUCAACAACAUCCCCGAAUCCAAUUCAAUCCAAUGCUACCUUUCUUUCUCAGCCCUGUCUCAUUAUAUGCCAUCUACGUACGCCGUUGCUUCGCCGCCUCCGGCCUCUCGCAACAAACCCUACAACUCGACAAUGAGACCACCGUCCACUUCUGGGGUCCCAACCCCAAAUUUUCUCAAGCCACCCAGAAAAAGCCUUCCCUGGUUCUAAUCCACGGCUUCGGCCCCGUCGCCAUGUGGCAGUGGCGGAACCAAGUCCAGUUCCUCUCCCCCCGCUUCAACGUCUACGUCCCCGACCUCGUCUUCUUCGGCGACUCCACCACCACGUCAGCAGAGAGAAGCGAGGUCUUUCAGGCGGCCUCCGUGGCUAAGCUGAUGGAGAAGGCGGGCGUGGAGAGGUUCAGUGUCAUUGGGACGAGCUACGGCGGGUUUGUGGCGUACCACGUGGCGAGGAUGUGGCCGGAGAGAGUGGAGAAGGUGGUGAUUGCCAGCUCCGGGGUUAACAUGAGAAGAGGAGAUAACGAGAAGUUGCUGAGGAGGGCAAAGUUGGAAAAGAUUGAACAUCUCAUGCUGCCUGCGACGGCUGUGCAGUUGCAGACGUUGAUCGGUCUCGCUAUGUCCCGGCGUGUUAACGUCAUUCCUCGUUUUCUAUUGAAUGAUUUCGUGCAGAAAUUGUACUCAGAUAAAAGGAAGGAAAAGAUGGAGCUGCUAAAGGGACUCACACUUGGACGAGAUGACACACCAAACCUAUCUCCUCUUCCUAACAAGGAGGUUUUGAUCGUAUGGGGAGAUAAAGACCAGAUCUUUCCUUUGGAGAUGGCUACCGAACUCAAGGAGCUUCUUGGACCCAAAACAAGACUGGAAGUGAUAAAGAACACAUCGCAUGUACCCCAAGUUGAAAAUCCCAUACAAUUCAACAACAUUGUAGAAAGCUUCUUGUGCGACGACUCUUGAUCAGUGAUCACUAUCUUUUUUCUUUUCUAAUUAAUUGGGUCUUCAGUAUUUAAUUAAACUGUUAUAUAUGAUAUGUUUACCAGACCAAACCAAAAAUAAAUAAAAAAUAAAAAAUAUAGAUAUAUGCUUAACUUAACUGGCUCUUUUAUUUGUUUUUUGUUUUUUGUUUUAAUAAUUAAGUGAUGGCAUACGACAUGUCGUAUAGGUUGUUAAGUAAAUACUCGGGCUGCCAGCACGGAAACCCGCGUUUUGGACUGAAUAGAAGGUCCAGCAAACGUCGAAGCUGAAGGCAAUAGCUAGCCGACGUUUGUUUUGCCUCAAUGGAAUUGUAUUCAAUGAGCCCAACAACUUUUUUGGGCUACACCUUCGGCUCGCAGAUGUAUGAUUCCAUCAUUUUCUUUUGGGUCAAUAACGACAUUUUGGAUGAGAUAAA